AUGGCACAGGCCUACGACGACGAGGAACUUUCCAUCUCCUUGUCGCCUUCUCAGAUUCGAAGUCGCAACAAGCGAUCCGGCGAUGGCGCAUCAGGUUUCGGCCCCAGCACCGGCAAUAUCCAUGAAUACGGUCAACACGGCCAGCAAUUACAUCCUAAUAUCAACGCCGUCAUGGCCGACACACCCCUCCGCGACAAGAUGCGCACCGAGCAGCGCAUCGGUGCCUACAACAUUGUCAAGACGCUCGGCGAAGGCAGCUUCGGCAAGGUCAAGCUGGCUGUCCAUCGCAGUACCGGCCAGCAGGUCGCCCUCAAGAUCAUUGCCCGCAAGAAGCUCAUCAGCCGCGACAUGCAAGGCCGCGUAGAGCGCGAGAUUGAGUACCUUCAGUUGCUCAGGCAUCCCCAUAUCAUCAAACUGUACACGGUUAUCAAGACACCAACAGAGAUCAUCAUGGUGCUAGAAUACGCCGGCGGCGAAUUGUUCGAUUACAUUGUUCAACAUGGAAAGAUGAAGGAGGACGAAGCCCGCCGUUUUUUUCAGCAGAUGCUAUGCGCCGUCGAAUACUGCCAUCGUCACAAGAUCGUCCAUCGCGACCUAAAGCCAGAGAACCUCUUGCUGGACGAGAAUCUCAAUGUCAAAAUCGCCGAUUUCGGCCUUAGCAAUAUCAUGACGGACGGUAACUUCCUCAAGACCAGCUGCGGCUCUCCCAACUAUGCGGCUCCCGAGGUUAUUGGCGGCAAGCUCUAUGCAGGACCCGAAGUCGAUGUCUGGAGUUGUGGUGUCAUUCUUUACGUCCUCCUCGUUGGACGCCUCCCUUUCGACGACGAGCAUAUUCCCAGUCUCUUCGCCAAGAUCGCGCGUGGAAGCUAUAUGGUCCCGACCUGGAUGAGUCCCGGCGCGGCGUCAUUAAUCAAAAAGAUGUUGGUCGUUAAUCCCGUUCAACGUGCCACCAUUGAUGAAAUUCGCCAGGACCCAUGGUUCCUCGUGGAUCUGCCGGCUUACCUUCACCCUCCUGUUGAGGAGUUCCUCAACACUGGCGUAGACCCGAACAAGGCCAUCAAAGUCAGCGACAUUGCGCCAAAUGCGCCUCCGCAAGAACAGGAGAAGCUGCAUAACGAGGUCACGGAGAAGAUCAGUAAAACCAUGGGCUACGGCAAGAGAGAUGUCGAAGAGGCCUUGGAAGCCGACGAACCCUCGGCCAUCAAAGAUGCCUACAUGAUCGUGCGUGAGAACAAGCUGAUGCAGAGUAACCAAAUCCCAGGCCUCACGACAGAAGAGUCUGUCCCGAGUCCGCUCCUCGACCCGAACAUGUCAUCAGCUCGGUCUAUCGCAUCCGUCAGCACAGGAACUUCACCGCGGCCAUAUGUCAGCAAGAUCGGUAUUUUGCCUAGCAGUCUUCCUACCUAUCACAAGGUCUUUAUGGAGCGUGAAAAGGCCAAGGCCGAAGGCCUUGAGCCGCCUGAUGCUAUCCCCACCAUUGUUGAGCCUGCGAACCAGCCACGCAGCCAAGCUGAACAAGAAGAGACAAUCCGAAGACUCAAGCCACAUUCAAAGAGCCAGCUUCGUCUUGACGAGGCCAACAAGCGCCCACAAGGACUCACGCCCGUCAACCCGCCCAAGAAGAACAAGCCUGCUCGAUGGCAGUUUGGUAUUCGAUCCAGGAACGCUCCUUGGGAAGCGCUGGUGUGUAUUUACAAGUCGCUAAACAAGCUUGGUGCCGGAUGGAUAGUCGAUGAGGACUACGAAAGAGCCCUCCGAGAGGACGAGGACACUGACGACUAUGAUGGACCCACCAUCGGGCGCAAGAUAUCAUCAUCCAACAUGGAUCCCACCAAGAUCUACAGGCUUCCUGCGGACCCGUGGCACAUAAAGAUCCGCUGGACAACCGAUAAAAUGAAGAAGCAUUCGGUUGCCUCGGGGCUCGGCGAAGCAGGAGAGACCAUGCAUGUUACGCGGGAUGGCAAUGACAAGUACCAGGUUGUGGCCAUGCGUAUGGAGAUUCAGAUCUACGAAAUGGAGCACGGUGUCUACCUUGUCGACUUCAAGGUCGACGGCUACGAGACCCCUGACGGAAAGCUUCUAGAAGAUAAGGAAGUCACGAGCCCCCUUCCCCUUCCUUGA